AAAAAGUUGCCGAACUCACUAACACAGCAAGGGGAAGAAGCGCAACUGCUUGAACUGUUCAUUAAAGUCUCAUUUAUUGCUCCUCGUGCUUUCCCCCUGUUUCCUACCUCACCUUAAAUUUGUGCAGCGGAAAUGCCUUAUUUAAGCGGAGGAAGAGGAGGCCGAGGUGGAGCGCAGCGCCGGCGACAGUCAAGCUCAGAAGGAUGGAGGUGAAGAGGGUUGUGAAGGAGGCAAGAGAAGCGUUUGAGAGCGGCGUCACAAGGAGUUAUUCUUGGAGGAGGUCUCAGCUGAGGGCUCUCAAAGCUAUUCUCCUCGAGAAGGAGGCCGACAUCUUCAACGCUCUCAAGCUCGACCUUGGCAAGCAUCGGAUCGAAGCUUACAGAGAUGAGCUAGGGUUGCUGAUCAAAUCUGUGGAUUACGCGCUUAAAAAUCUUAAAAAAUGGAUGGCACCAAAAAAGGUUGAUGUCCCGUUAGUAUGCUUUCCAGCCACCGGAGAAAUAGUGGCGGAGCCGCUCGGUGUUGUUCUUAUUUUCUCUUCAUGGAAUUUCCCCAUAGGGUUGUCGUUUGAGCCUCUGGUUGGAGCUAUAGCAGCUGGAAAUGCUGUAGUCUUGAAACCCUCAGAACUUGCUCCUGCUUCCUCUGCGUUUCUGGCAACCAACCUGCCCAAGUAUUUGGAUAAUUCUGUGAAGGUUGUGGAAGGAGCUUCUCACAUCGGAGAGCAACUCUUGGAGCACAAAUGGGAUAAGAUAUUCUUCACUGGGAGCUCGAGAGUUGGACGCAUUAUUAUGACUGCUGCUGCUAAGCAUCUGACUCCAGUCACUCUUGAACUGGGAGGAAAAUGCCCUGCUAUUAUAGAUACCCUCUCAAGAGCAAGAGAUAUAGAGGUUACUAUAAACAGAGUGGCUGGAGCGAAGUGGGGUCCUUGCAGUGGCCAAGCAUGCAUAGCAAUUGAUUAUUUGCUCGUGGAAGAGCAAUUCGCCCCGCUUUUGGUUGAUUUACUCAAGGCAAAGAUCAAGAAAACGUACAAAGAUCCUGAAAACUCUGCAAGGAUUGUUCACAAGCAACAUUUUCAAAGACUGAGCAACUUUCUCAACGACUCGGCAGUUGCUGCCUCUGUUGUGUAUGGUGGUUCCUUCAAUGCUGAAAGCCUGUUAAUCGAGCCCACCAUUCUUCUAAAUCCUCCUUUAGACUCUGAGAUCAUGAGAGAGGAGAUUUUUGGACCCUUGCUUCCUGUAAUCACACUAAAGAAGAUUGAAGAUAGCAUUGAGUUUCUGAAGGUAAGGCCGAAGCCUCUCGUCAUUUACGCCUUCACCGUCGAUGAGAAGUUGAAGAGGAGAGUCAUCGAAGAAACAUCAUCAGGAAGCAUUACUUUUAAUGAUGCAAUGUUACAAUUUGCAGUAGAUUCAUUACCAUUUGGUGGAACUGGUGAAAGCGGUUUCGGAAAGUACCACGGAAAGUUCUCCUUCGACCAGUUCAGCCAUGGAAAAGCCAUAUUGAGAAGAAGCUUUCUCAUAGAACUCUCAUGUAGAUACCCUCCUUGGAACGAGUGGAAGCUCCAGUUCAUCAGGUAUAUUUACAGGUUUUACUACAUUGGGAUUAUACUAAUGUUACUUGGACUCAAGAGAUGAGAUAAUCGACUAUGGUAGCUUUUUAUGUAGCCAAGUCUGGGAAUUCUGUGGGUGAACCGUUAAGUCUUAUGUAUUUGUUAUUUUCUAUAACUUUGUUGGUGGUUUGUUAUUAAGCAAGUCUGGAUUUCUGUUGGGUGAACUGUGAAGUCGGUUACAAGCUUCAACAUGCCCUUUCAAGCCAAAUGUUUCCAUUAAUCUUUACUGCUCACCAAUCCAUUGGAUUGCGUUCAAUGAGUAAUUCAUCCUGCAAAUAUUGUUGCACC